UUCUGUCUUCAGGGGACUGUGGAUGGAGACCCGCUAUUCCCACCACAGCCAGCUGUGAGCCAAGGUCGGGGUGGCUGCCGCCGGACACCACUAUCCCCAGGUACUGGAAGAGGCUAAUACCAGGUCCAGAAAUGCCCUUGGUGUGUUUGACAGACUUUCAGGCGCAUGCUCGGGAGCACCUCUCUAAGUCAACUUGGGAUUUUAUCGAAGGUGGAGCUGAUGACUGCUGCACGCGGGAUGAGAACAUGGCAGCGUUUAAAAAAAUCCGCCUCCGUCCCCGGUAUCUGAGAGAUGUGUCUAAGGUGGACACGCGGACCACCAUCCAAGGAGCAGAGAUCAGCGCUCCCAUUUGCAUCGCACCCACAGGUUUCCACCGCCUCGCCUGGCCUGAUGGAGAAAUGAGCACAGCCAGAGCUGCACAAGCAGCCAGUGUCUGCUACAUCACCAGCAUGUAUGCCAGCUGCAGCCUUGAAGACAUCGUCGCUGCCGCCCCCAGGGGCCUGCGCUGGUUCCAACUCUAUGUGCACCCGAACCGGCAGAUAAACAAACAGCUAAUCCAGAAGGUGGAAUCCCUGGGUUUCAAAGCUCUGGUCAUUACUGUGGAUGUACCCAAAGUUGGCAACAGACGGCAUGACAUUACAAACCAAGUCAACUUGAUGCAGAAUUUAUGGUUGAAAGAUCUCGGAUCACCUGAGACGGGAAAUUCAAUGCCUUAUUUCCAAAUGUCCCCAAUUGACCCAUCCAUCUGCUGGGAAGAUCUCUCUUGGUUUCAGAGCAUGACUCGAUUGCCCAUCAUCCUCAAGGGAAUCCUGACAAAAGAGGACGCAGAGUUAGCUGUGAAGCACAAUGUCCAUGGCAUCAUUGUUUCCAACCAUGGUGGGAGGCAGCUUGAUGAGGUUCCUGCCUCUAUCGAUGCCCUGACAGAAGUGGUGGCCGCUGUGAAAGGGAAGGUUGAAGUGUACCUGGAUGGUGGGAUCCGGACUGGCAACGAUGUGCUGAAGGCUCUAGCCCUCGGGGCUAAGUGCGUUUUUGUGGGGAGACCCAUCCUGUGGGGUCUUGCUUGCAAGGGUGAACAUGGUGUUAAGGAAGUUUUGGAUAUUUUAAAAAAUGAAUUCCACACUUCCAUGACCCUGACAGGUUGCCGAUCAGUUGCUGAGAUCAAUCAGGACCUGAUCCAGUUCUCCAGAUUGUAAAGAGAGCCGAUGGCCUGACUGCAGAGUUUGCCCACAGGAGGAAGACAAAAUCACAGUAGGGUGUGUGAUGCCCUCUUGCCUCAGUCCCAUCCUGGCCAGCAACUUACCCCUGCACCCUCAACCACUCCACUCCAAAUCCCUGAUCUCCCUCAAAUACGCCAAUGCUCUUCUUUGCCUCACUGCCUUGUAUAUGUUGCUCUCUUGCCCAAAAUCCUCCUCUGAAAGCAGAGAUCUUAAAAGAGCAGAUCAGCAAUGGCUGAAAUAGCUAGUGAUUAAAACUAUUUGAAUAUACUAUGUUUCUAUGAAAUAACUAUGGAAAUCUGUACCCGAGAACAGAAGAGCUAUACAUAUAAAAUAUUCCCCAACAAAAAUCAUACUCCUAUCUGUAGACAACAGAGAAAUAAUAUAGUUAAAAACAUAAGCUUUGGAGUCAUACAGACAUAAGAUUACCAGGACUGUGACUGACAAGCUGUGAGACUUGGGAAUGUUUUUUGAUCUCUGUUCUUCCAAGUCUUUGUGUAUAAAAUGAGGUUUAUAAUACCUAGCCUAUUAGGUUGGGAGAAAGAUUAAGAGAGAUAACAUACAUAAAGUUCAGAGCACAAUGCUUAGCCCCUAAGUUUAAGAGUAGCUUUUGGACUUCCCUGGUGGCCCAGUGGUUAAGACUUCACCUUCUAAUGUAGGGGGUGUGGGUUCAAGCUAUGGUGGGGGAGUUAAGUUCCCACAUGCUGCAGGAUGUGGCCCAAAAUUAAAAUACAUAAAUAAAACUUGAAAAAUUCCUCUUAAAAAAGAAAGAGCUAGUAGCUUUUAUGAUUAUUAUUUGGCAAAUUCCUAUUUAUCUUUUCAGAUCUUAUUCAAAUAUCACCUAUUCUUACCUGGCUACUUGCUAAAGGUUUCCUAUUGUGCUUUGCACAUUAUACUAUUACAAUCCUUAUUAUAACGUGUUAUGUUUAUUGGUCUCUCUCCAUAAAUAUACUUUACAUGUCUCUGAGCAAGAAACUAUAUGCUUGGUACUGGGUUUGGCAUAUAGCAGCAUCUCAAUAAACAUUUGUAGGAUGGAUAGAUGGGUGGAUGGACUGAAAGGGGUGAAAGGAGAGAUGGGAAAAUGAAUAAAUGCCGUAUCAGAGUAAACCCCCCCCCCCCCAGAACAGCAGUCAGCAAGAAUAGACGUCUAGAGCAGGGGCACUUGGCUGAAUAAGAUCUAGCACUUGAAGACAUCAAGGAAGUUAAGGAUAAAUUCCCAGUAUCCUAAAUAAAUAUUGAUAAUUUCAUAACUGG